GACUCGAGAAACUUUGCACAACCAACACCUCAGGAAGAGCAACGAGAAGCCUCAAUUCAAAAUGGGUGUCUUCGUUCUCACCGAAACAAGUGCGGGCUUUGCCUUGUUCAAAGCCAAAGAUAGCAAGAUAUUCAAGAAAGGAGAUCUUUCUGCCGAUGUCGAAACAGCGGAGGGAAUAAACGGCCUUUUAAAGUUGAAGCAUUUCGAGAAGUUCGAUAGCGCAGCGACAGCGCUCGAAGAGAUUGCGGCUCUCGUCGAGGGGAAGGUUUCACCCAUGCUAGCUAAGAUUCUCGACACACUUAAAGAUGAGAAGAAAGCUUCAUUAGCAGUGGCAGACCCCAAGUUAGGGGUUGCAAUCAACAAGCUGCCUGGAUUGACCCUCAACCCCAUUUCCGAUUCCACUACUUUCGACAUCUACCGUGCGAUUCGCGACCACCUUCCGUCACUCAUCCCCGGACUGCUCCCCGAAAACAUUUCUACGAUGUCCCUGGGCUUAUCGCAUUCGCUGUCACGACACAAGCUCAAGUUCUCGCCCGAUAAGGUCGAUACGAUGAUAGUUCAAGCUAUCGCUCUUCUGGAUGACUUGGACAAGGAGCUGAACACAUACGCAAUGCGAGUGAAGGAAUGGUAUGGAUGGCACUUCCCUGAGAUGGGCAAAAUCGUGAACGAUAAUCUGGCAUACGCUCGAGUUAUCUUGAAGGUUGGCAUGCGCACAAACUGCUCAAAUUCAGACCUCUCAGAAAUCUUGCCGGAAGAAAUCGAAACUGCUGUGAAGGCUGCAGCGGAAGUGAGUAUGGGUACUGAGAUCACCGAAGAAGAUUUGGAUAAUAUUCAGCUUUUGGCCGAGCAAGUCGUCGGGUUCACAGAAUAUCGGCAACAACUUUCCAGCUACUUGACCGCUCGCAUGCUUGCAAUCGCACCGAAUUUGACCGAAUUGGUGGGCGAAUUAGUCGGAGCUAGAUUGAUUGCGCACUCUGGAUCGCUCAUGAACCUCGCAAAGAGCCCUGCUAGUACCAUUCAAAUUCUCGGUGCUGAGAAGGCGUUGUUCCGAGCUUUGAAAACCAAGCACGACACACCGAAAUAUGGCCUCAUCUAUCACGCAUCUCUUGUUGGACAGGCUACCGGAAAGAACAAGGGCAAGAUCGCCCGUAUGUUGGCAGCAAAGGCAGCUAUUGGUCUUCGCGUCGAUGCUCUUUCAGACUGGAGUGCUCAGGGCGAAGGAAAAGGAGAUGAUGUGGAUGAGGAAGAACGAUCCGCCCUAGGUGUUAUUUCACGAGCCAAGAUUGAACGUCACCUGAGAGGUCUCGAGGGAAAGCCUCUCUUACCAAGAGGUGUCGCGGUCGGACCAAAUGGCAAAGUUGUCUCUACGCCAGGCAAGUGGGAGGUCAAGGAAGCACGGAAGUAUAACCCGGAUGCUGAUGGACUUGCUGGUGAUGAGCCGGCUGCGAUCGAACCCGUCUCUGAGAAGAAACCAAAGAAGGAGAAAAAGGAAAAGAAAGAAAAGAAGGCCAGGAAGGAAGAGGAAGUGAAGAAGCCUUUGAUCGAAGAAGUUUCCGAAGAUGAGGACGUCGAGAUGGCUGAUGGAAGCGCUAGCCUUGGUCUUGCACCUCCAAACCUGAACGGCACAAAAGCAAAGCCUAUCGCCAACUUAAAGAAGGGAAACGAUGCGCAUUCAGAUACUCUCUCCACCGAGCGACGACAACAGAAGGCUGCUCAAGAGACAAAACGAGCUUCCGGUUCCACAGCUGUUCUGCCCACCGAAGACCCCGAUGUGAGGCUUGCGGAGGCGGCAGGUCUUAGUCUUAAGAAGUAUAAGAAGAAGAUGGCAAAAGGACUGAUCAAGAUCAACGAGGAUGGAACGCCGGCCGUCGUUAAAAAUCAGAAGAAAGACAAGGCUGCGGAACCCAUUACCCCUGAGAGCAGUGGCAAGAAGCGGAAACACGAAGACAGCGUCGAGAACGGAGGCUUCAAGUGGAAAGAAAAGCGCAAAGAUGACCGUGAAGGAGGAGAGAAGAGAUUAGAACGAGGCUACAGGAACAGAUCACGGUCGCCUCGACGAGAACGACAACCGGAGAGCAAGGGCGCAUCAGUGGAAGACAAGUUCGGCGUGGCAGACAAAUUUGGACCGCCUAAGAAGAAUGGGGAGGACAAGAGCGCGGACACGAGCAAACCACCAGAGCGUGCACCGGCUCCUGCUCCAGAAACUUCGCAUGGAGAGCCUAUGAUUAUUGUGCAUGUUAAUGACAGGCUGGGAACAAAGGCUGCUAUUCCGUGCUUGGCUUCAGAUCCGAUUAAGUUGUUCAAGGCGCAGGUGGCGGCGAGGAUUGGGAGACAACCGCAUGAAAUUUUGCUGAAAAGGCAAGGAGAGAGACCGUUCAAGGAUCAGUUAACUUUGGAGGAUUAUGGGGUCAGCAAUGGCGUACAGAUCGAUUUGGAGAUUGACACUGGGGAGUAA